AUGGAUUAUUUCAACAACAAUGUACCAUCAGAGAUUCAGUUAGAUAUUUUCAGUCGAGUACCAGCUGAAUUCAUCCGUGAUCCCACAUUAGUGUGCAAGAGUUGGAAUAAUCUUAUUCAUCAUCCAUCAUUCUCUCGGAUCCACUUGCACCGUAUUAAUCAUAAUGAUUCUGGUAAGGUGGGAUUUCUUGCUUCUACUAAAUAUAUUGAUGCUCAAGAAUUUAAAUACUUCGAGUAUAAUCAUAAUCAUGAAUCAACAACACCCAUUGAGAGAAUUAAAAGGGUUAACCUAAAAACUGCGUUUUACCGCACUAGCAUAUGUAUUUGUAAUCCCAUCACCAGAGAACAUAUCAUCCUUCCUAAAAUACAGUUUUGUGAUACUAAUCGUGCUAUGUGGUCUAGUGGGUUUGGUUACGUUUCUUCGACAAAUGAAUACAAAGUUGUAGGAAUACGUGUGUCCCCUUUGAUGACCACGAUUACAGAAGUCCAUAUAUACACUCUAGGCAGUGGCAAUGGAUGGAGAAACCUUGGAAAAUUCGACAUUGAUUUCGGCCAAAAUUGUUUGAAACAAGGUGUCUUUGCCAAUGGAGCUCUUUAUUGGAUCGGCGGCAAAAAUUUGGGAAUGAUUAUUACCUUUGAUUUAGCCGAUGAACAUUUUUGCAAACAUCUUUCACCACCUGUGUUUCCACCAAAUGGUAAUUGGGUUCUUAACGGAAUAGGAGUUUUGGACGGGUUUCUAUAUUUUGCUGUUCUGCUAGCUACCCAAGGAGAAGGCGGUAUCUUUUAUGACAUAUGGCUAUUAGAAAAAAAGAAUGACUUGAAAGUACCAGAAGGAGAUGAGUUAUUUGGUUGGACUAAAAAGUAUAGGCUUGAAGAAAGAAAUUUAGUAGCAGUGACAAAGAGCAAUGGUGUUUUAACUUACAGCCGCAACUAUCUCAAUAUUUACGGUCCAAAAGCUUCUACCUCGGAAAUGCUUCUGGAUUUGAAGGAAUGGAUUCGAGAAAUAUAUCCUCACAAGAACACCUUAGUUUCGUUGAAAGAAUUAGGGGAAGAAGAUGUAGAAAUAAUGGAGUCAAUUGAAAUUGAGAAGACGGAAAACUAUGAUUCUCCUUUGCUGCAUCCGGAUGAGGUUGAGGCCGUGGAUACCUUAGUUUCAUUGAAAGAAUUAAUUACUGGAAAGAAGAUAGGGCGAUAA